UGUCGAUACGUUCUCUUGUGUAAUGGUCCGAUGGCAUACAACUCGCUGUGAUCUCACGCUGAGGUGAAAAUUCGGUCGAAAGUAGUGAAUUUACGCCCGCGAGUGUCCAGAUUAUGUGCUAAUUGACGCCGAAGCAUCGCAGCUACCGUUUCCUUCCGGGAAAAGCCCCGUUUUCAAGUGCACAGUGAGUGGAAAACAAGUGGAGUGCGUGAAAAAAAUGGCGAGCCAAUCGAGCAGCCAAGACAAAGGCAGUUUGGAGAAGUUUGUUAAAAUUUUGGCGAUGAAAUCGGCCCAAAUAAUUGUGCAGUCACGGCUGGGUGAGAAAAUCAAAACCGACUGCAACCCGAAAUCGUCCGGAAAUGAUUGGUUUAACAUCGCGAUCGUCGACCAGCCGGACGUGCUAGCGGAAACGAAGAAAGUGCUCCAAAUCAGCCAGCAUGAGUCGAUUGUCACGCGGCUGCCACUGUGCGUAGAAAUCUCUCUUCAAACGGUGGAGGGAGAUAAUAUGAUCCUUGAGGUUUGGUCCCUGGCAGUACAGAAGGAUCAGUGUGACCUGCAGGUUCGCGCCACGCACGCCAUUUACAACCGUAUGGGACUAUUGCUCAAGUCGCUACUCUCGGUGACUCGUUCAACGCCCGCGUACAAACUUUCGCGCCGUCAAAGUGCGGACUCGUACCAGAUUUUCUACCGGAUUUACAUCGGCGAACCCCAGACCCAUCAGUUGGGCGAUGGUCACAAGCAGUUACGUGUCGGACAGUUGUGCACCCAGAUCGGAACGCUAACCAUGGCCGUAGCCUACCGCACCAAGAUGACAAUCUCGCCCACGCAAACCGGACGCGACAACACCAUCAUGCUGAAGAGUGACCACUUCUUGAAGGACAUCAGCCCGAAGCACAUCCGGUACAAUUACAACAAGAAAAAUGAAAAGAAAAUUAUCGACCUGGACAAACCGAUGCGCUGCGGGGCCUUCGUGGACCCGUCCCGCGUCAAGCAGUACACCGAGGCGGACUUUAUCCUUCCGGAGACGCCCCCAUUCCACUGGUUGCUGCCGAAGCCCAAGGACGAUACCAGCUCGCUCAAAUCCGGCACCGACGAGGACCGGCAGUCGAUCAACUCCCCAACGGAGGCGCCGUCCUCCGCCGACGAGAACUCGUCCACCAACGCCAACAACAUCCUCAACAACAACAGCAAGGGCGGCUCGUUCGAGUCGGCCGGACCCAUGAACUUCCGGUUGUCGCAGUCGCCCAAGAGUGGCGAGCCCAACGUGGCCGCUGCUGCCGGCGGUCCCGUAGCAGCAGGUGCCAGUGCAGCUCCCGCCGCCGGAUCCAACUCGGGUUCGCCACCAGCCUCGUUGACCGGCGAGUUCCGGAGGUCCUCGCGGUGGUCCAUCCGACAAACCGGACCCGAGGACGAGCGGUUGCUGAAGGAGUUGCACUUUCCCUUCGCCGCGUCCAACUCGCCCAUUGGUGACCUGGCCAAGUUUUACCGCGAGUGCUUCAACGCACCGCCCCUGCAGGAGUUCAACCAACUGUCGAACGUGAUCUCCAACGUGGACGACGAGGAGGCGGCAAAUGCCGACGACGGCGGCCGGAUACUGACCGGCGCGGACGAACUGGUCGAGGACGACGUCGACGACCUGACGCGGCAGCUGGAACAGUUUGAGACGUCGCUGCCCGAGUUCGAGACGCUGGUGACGUCGCUGUGCCAGUCGGUGGACACCAACUCCAACAGUUAAGAGCCGAGUUGUUAGCCGCGAGCUCGCGGGAUGUUGCUAGGUUUAGGAGAGCGGGUCAACAUUUAUGCAGUUUUUCUUAGUCUUUUUAAGAGAGAACAGCCGACUGAUUGAUGAUAUUCAUCUAUAAACCAAUGUUUUUUUUUUGUUUUUUUUUUUAUUUACUUUCAUCUAGAAGUAAGUCAGACCUUAGAGAAUACUGUUAAGACAAACGUUAAUUUCAAUUUAUGGGACAGGAAACUUGUGUAUUAUAGCUAAAACUGGACGAGUGGAAGCGAAAAGUAGGUAGGAUUAGGACUACAACCAAUUGCUGUACAUAAUUUGGAAAGGGCCUUUUUGGAAUACGGUUUACUAGGAGCAGUGCUCACUGCUGGAAGUUUUGUAUGUUCUAAGGGAAAUCAUAAGAAAGGAUUAUCUAAGGUAAUACACAAUGUUGCAGAGAGAGAGAAAAGAAACAAAGUUCCUUAUGUUUGUCGCUUUACUUCGUUUUAAUACAUUCGCAAACGAAACCUUUUUUAAAUCUAGACAAAAAACGAGGAGUGUUUUCCUUAUUCUAAAAUAUUGAGUACAUGUUGAACCUUUCUUACAAUUUGCUCUGAGUCAUUAAAGUGUAAAUAAUUUAUACCUAUAUAUUUCAUGAAAACCAUGCGCCGCGAGUGACGAGCCGGAUUCGAUUAGUCUCACUGUCUCACUCAUCACGAGUGGCGAUUUGCACCCAAUUCGACAUAUUCCAAAAAUUAAACCUAAAUUUACGCACGCAAAUCGUCCACGUUCUACCAAAUGGGCGGACGAAACGCGGCAGACUGACUCCGCUUCUUUGCCACGUUUGCGUCCUCCCACCAGCAGCAGCAGUGGCCAGUCACGGGUAAUCGAUUUCCCGCUCCCUUCCCGGCGCAUUAUCGUAAGCUUUUUAUUGAAGAAAGAUGAUAUUUUUAUUCUUAUUUUGCUCCAUAAUCAAAAAAGGUAAACGUAGAUGUAAGCAGAGCUUUAUCGCUUUACAGCCAUUGUUUAACAUCAAGUUUUUUUAUAUAUAUAAAACCACAAUAUCUAGAAUAUUCUUUUCUUUCUGUUUCUCUCAUAAAUUGCAUAUCACAACUGCUAAAUUUCUCUUUUCCUUUCACCUUUCCUUACCUUCAAAUAUUUUAACCACAUUCAAAGACUGAGUAAACUUUUAUUCGCCGUCACCAAAUUUUCGAUAGGGAUUAAAAUUUUAUUCUGAUUUAUUUAUGAGUGUCGCUACCAUCUACUCAAAACAAACCUAUAUUUACUCACGCUUAACACGACACAUCGGUCAAAUCUAAACUCAUUGUUGCAAACUGUUGAUCAUUCAGACUAGAGAAAAGAAAAGCAAAAUUUGGUUCAACACAUUACUAGCAUGCAUCGGUAGGAGCAGAAACAAAUUAGUGCUUUACACACAUGUAUCAGCAGAAAAAGCUAUCCCAUGAAACCAACCAACCAAACGCAUUGUAAAAUCUUGAAAUUGUUCUAUCCAGUAGCAUUAGGCAGAAGAAACGGGGGAAAACAAACCAUAGAAUUGUACCACGGUCGAGGGCAGAGCUCGACGAAAACCAUCUCUAAACAACCAUUGUGCAUUGUAAUCGGAAGAAUUAAGCAGAAAAAAAAAAUCAAUCCAGUCCUAACAAUAUCCAAAACAUUGACAGAAAUAAUUCAAAUAAACUCAACAAAUUUUGGUUCAUUUAAACAGAA